AUGGCAUUGGUAACUCUUAUAGACAUUCAAGUUUUCUUUGACAUUCUCAUACCAGAUGGAGAGACUUCAGAUGAAUAUGAUUUAUAUUCAUUCUAUCGAAAGGUAACUCGAGAAAAUGGAAUCCAACUUUCUAGGUGGUUUACAUUAAACAAAUAUAUAUGUAAGAAAGCUCUCUUACGAGAUUGUACUCUUAUUUUUACAUGGGAUAUAGAAAUAUAUGUCUCACAAAUGGAAGAAUUUGCAGAAGUUCUUGAACAGAAAAACAAGGUCUUUAUGAUUUGUAUGAUAUUAUACUGGAAAGAUGAUCCAAAACCAUUAAAACAAAUCUGUCUUGUCAAUCUUGAAACUACGCCAGACCAAUGA